UUAAUGCAGGGAGAAAUUAGUGAAAUUGUAACAGAAGAAAUUGAAAGGUGUUGUCUUGAGGGGUGGGGAACAAAUGGGAUCAGUGUUUUUAGGUGUCGGGAUGGGCAGGUUGGGCUUGUUACAGUGCCUGAUGCUGGCUGCCCUUUACGUCAGGGCAGUAUUCGCCCAGUUUCCGCGGGUGUGUGUGCAGCCAGACGUGCUGCGAAGUGGGGAGUGUUGCCCAGGUCCGAGGUCAGACCCCGCUGACCGCUGCAGCUCCAGCCGGGGACGGGGCUCUUGUGUUGAGUUAGGGGCCGACUCGGCCCCUCAUGGUCCCCAGUACCCGCACGAUGGCCUGGACGAGCGGGAGCGCUGGCCCCUGCGCUUCUUCCGCCGUGGCUGUCGCUGCGCCGCGAACUUCGCCGGUUCCGACUGCAGCCGAUGCCGCCCAGGAAGGAGUGGGGUCGACUGCCGGAGCCCGACUCUACCGCCGCGCCGCCGUCGGGAUGCGCUGAGCCUGAGCGACCCCGACAGGAGGCGCCUCGUCGAUGCCCUGCACCUCGCCAAAAUAAGUCCUCACCCCGAGGUGGUAGUGGUUACCCGCCACCCUGGCAACUUGAGCACCGGGCAACUGCCCCCUUUCCAGAACAUCUCUAUCUACAACCUGUUCGUCUGGAGCCACUAUUACUCGGUCAGCAAAACCUACCUGGGGCAGGGUCGCACCUUCGGGGGCAUCGACUUCUCCCAUGAGGGGCCUGCCUUCCUCACCUGGCACCGCUACCACCUACUGCAACUGGAACAAGACAUGCAGGUGAUGCUGCAGGACCCCACAUUUUCGCUUCCAUACUGGAACUUUGCCACAGGGAGAAAUACCUGUGACAUCUGCACUGAUGACCUAAUGGGAGCUAGAAACAAUUUUGACCCGACCCUAAUAAGUCCUAACUCGAUCUUUUCCCAGUGGCGUAACCUCUGUGAAAGUUUGGAAGACUAUGAUACUCUGGGAACUAUCUGCAAUGAUACUGAGGGCGGUCCUAUCCAGCGGAAUCCAGGGGGGAAUGUUGCUAGACCAAUGGUGCAGCGUCUCCCUGAUGCUCAGGAUGUAGCAAAAUGUUUAGAAGUAUCUGCUUAUGAUACACCACCUUUCUACUCCAAUUCAGAAGAUAGCUUCCGAAACACAGUGGAAGGUUAUAACGACCCUUCAGGACGGUAUGAUCCAGCAGUUCGCAGUUUACAUAAUCUGGCACAUUUGUUUCUUAAUGGAACUGGUGGACAAACCCACCUGUCUCCGAAUGACCCUAUCUUUGUUUUACUGCAUACAUUUACUGAUGCAAUCUUUGAUGAAUGGUUGAAGAGGAGUAAGGCAGAUUUAUCUGCCUUUCCAAUUGAAAAUGCUCCGAUAGGACAUAAUCGAGGGUACAAUAUGGUUCCUUUUUGGCCUCCAGUCACCAAUGCAGAAAUGUUUGUACCUGCAGAAAACCUUGGCUACACUUAUGACAUUCAAUGGCCAACCUUGCAUAUCCUCUGCAGAUCGGCCGCUUUCGUUGCUGAAAAUGAUAACUGUGGGCAUCGUAUCUGCACUAGUCUUGGUUGCUAUUGUUUUCACAGUCUCCACAUUACUUUUACGCCACAGAAGAAGAAAACUGUCUGCAAGCGAACUGAACCAACCUCUCUUACAGACUCCAUAUCCACACUACUCUGAUUAUGAUGCAUCAACAGUGCCCCAAAAAACACCCCAAUCUGCUAUCUGACUUUUUGUUUGUGCUUUCGUACCAACCAACAUGCUAGAAGAAAACGACUGACUUCCUGUAAUGGUAAUUGUUUGCAAGUGUUUACGUAAACUGUUUUGAUCAAAGACAAUCUGGAAGGGUGCUUAACAGUUUCUAAUCUCAACCAUCUACAAUGAAAAUGGCUGUUGGUGGCAUAUAAAUGGAAGCUGUAAUGGUUUUUAGUUUAAAACUCAAAGUUUGAAAACUUUGGUUGACGAAUGAACUUUUCUGCUAAAUU